AGAAAUGUACUCUGGCUUCUAUGCUGAAUGAACAUUCGGUGUAAUAGAGAGGCAUGGAAAGUGUCAGGAAAGCAAACUGCAGAUGGGAAGAGGAGCAUAUCUGUUAUGGGGAGACAGAGAAGCAUUGCUUGUGAACUGAAAGAAGAAAGGUACUGUACGAGCGCAACAGGAAAUACAGUAAAGUCACUAUGCGCAGCAACAACAUUCCGAGCAAAGCAAUAGGAUGUGCCUGAAGUUUCUGGUUUCAACAUGAAGCAACUUAUUUCCUCUGUUUACCAGCAUUGUGCCAGUCAACCAUGCCCUGACUUCUCUCUCUGGGAGCACAUCUGCUGUUUAGGUAUGCAUGUGAACAUGUGAACCACAGCGUAAAACGAUUUCAGAAGAAAAACCAACCCCUCAAGACUGAAUUAAGGUCCAACCAACAGUGAGCUGUAACCAGUAAGUUGCUGGACACACUUGUUGCUAUCAGGUUGUGAAUAUUGCUUGGUACUAUGGCUGACGGUACAAAUCAGUUACCCUACUUCUUUGGAAACAUAACACGUGAAGAAGCUGAAGAUUACCUAAAGCAAAAUGGACUGAGUGAUGGAUUAUAUUUAUUGCGUCAAAGCCGAAGCUAUCUUGGAGGCUACGCUCUUUCAGUGGCCCAUGGACGAAGGUAUUACCACUAUACAAUUGAAAGAGAAUUAAGUGGAACAUAUGCAAUUUCUGGUGGCAUUUCUCAUAACUCUCCCAUUGAGCUUAUCAAUUAUCAUGUUCAUGAAAAUAGUGGACUUGUCUGCUUGUUGAAGAAACCUUGCAGUCGCCCCCCUGGUGUUCAGCCCAAAAUAGGACCCUUUGAAGACCUCAAAGAGAAUCUCAUCAGAGACUAUGUGCGACAAACAUGGAAUUUACAGGGUGAAGCACUUGAACUAGCCAUUAUUAGCCAAAAACCUCAGCUAGAAAAGCUAAUUGCCACAACUGCUCAUGAACGAAUGCCUUGGUUCCACGGAACUAUCUCACGUGAGGAAUCUGAACAGCUACUGCUCAAUGGAGUAAAGACAAAUGGAACCUUUUUAAUACGAGAGCGAGACAAUAAUGGAUCAUAUGCUCUGUGUUUGCUGAAUGAUAGAAAGAUUUCACAUUAUCGGAUUGACCGGGACAAGACUGGAAAAUUGUCAAUACCAGAAGGAAAGAAAUUUGAUACUUUAUGGCAGUUGGUCGAGCAUUAUUCCUACAAACCCGAUGGACUUAUCAGAGCACUAACAAACCCAUGCCCACAUUCUGCUGCCUUCAACAGUAUGAGUGGUGGUACAGGUAUGUUUCCCUUUCCAGAACGUCCUGGACUUCCGAAUGUUCCUACAGGGAAUUGGUCAGCAGGUGGAAUAAUCGCAAGAUUCAAAUCCUACUCCUUUCCCAAGGCUGGCAGCAAAAAGCAAAGUUUGGCUGUUCGUCAUGGAAGCGUUUCUUCAAUAAAUCCAUAUGUUUCAAGACCAAAACCAGGUGAAAGAGUUUCAGAAAGUUCCAUGUAUUCCAUGCCAAUGGACACAGAUGUGUAUCGAGGAAUAUAUGAAGAUCCUGAUGAGCUAAGAACUCAAACUCUUAAAAUAAAGCGAGAACAACUCCUAUUAGCUGAUAUUGAAUUGGGUUCUGGCAAUUUUGGGACUGUGAAAAAAGGAAUCUUUAAAACAUCAAAAUCUGAAAAGAAAGUUGCUGUGAAGAUUCUUAAAAAUGAAAACAACGACCCUUCCAGCCAGGAGGAGCUGCUGACUGAAGCAAGGGUGAUGCAACAGUUGGAUAACCCAUACAUUGUCAGAAUGAUCGGGGUUUGUGAGGCGGAGUCUUGGAUGCUGGUUAUGGAACUUGCAGAACUAGGACCAUUAAAUAAGUUUCUAAUUAAGAACAGGGAUGUCUCCGAGAAGAACGUAACAGAACUUGUUCAUCAAGUUUGCAUGGGAAUGAAGUAUCUGGAAGAAAAAAAUUUUGUCCACAGAGAUUUGGCGGCCAGAAAUGUGCUUUUGGUGACUCAGCAUUAUGCCAAAAUCAGUGAUUUUGGGCUUUCCAAAGCAAUUCAGUCUGAUGAAAACUAUUAUAAAGCAAAAAAUUGUGGAAAAUGGCCCAUCAAGUGGUAUGCACCAGAAUGUAUAUACUUCUUAAAAUUUUCAAGCAAAAGUGAUGUAUGGAGUUUUGGAGUACUUAUGUGGGAGGCAUAUUCCUAUGGUCAAAAGCCAUAUAAAGGAAUGAAAGGUGGAGAAGUGACUCAGAUGAUUGAAACUGGAAAACGUUUGGAUAGUCCGCCCAGGUGUCCACCUGAAUUAUAUGAAAUAAUGAAAUUAUGCUGGACAUACAAAUUUGAAGAACGCCCUAAAUUUGCCACGGUUGAACUUAAACUCCGCAACUAUUACUACGAUAUUGCCCAGUAAAUGUCAUCUGCAAUAGUUUUUUUUGUUUGUUUGUUUGUUCUUUUGUUUUUUUAGUAAAUUGAUGCAGUUUCAACAACAGAUCAUUUCUUUUUGGUUUAUUUUAAAAUGUCAAUUUCAUUUGUGCACAUUUUCUGUAUGUUGUGUAUAUGCCUUGCUGUUUGGUACGUCUUUGCUAUUCGGGAUUUGUUAACAAAGCCUUCUUGCAAAUAACACAGGGUAUUUGGUAAAUAUUUCUUUUUGUUUUUUAUUAAGUCACUUAAAAUAAAGAUAUUGGAAAACUGAA